AUGGAUUCCUUAUCAAAGAAGAUACAGAACUUAGGGAUACACGAUUUUAGAAACGCAGCAAGAUUUGCUCAAAACGUUAUUGUUCAAUACGAACCAUAUCAAGUGGAUGUUCGUAGAGCCACCAAUACAGACGCAUGGGGUCCUACACCGAAACAUUUACAAAAAGUGUUAAGAAACAGGUAUCAAGUGCCAGUCUAUUUGAUCACCGAGUAUAUUUUGAAACGAUUGAUCGAUCAUAUUGCCGCAAGACCAAAAAAUCUUUAUGAAAAGGCCCGUAAAGAAUAUGUUAAUUAUGGGUCUGAAUGGCGGGUGGUGAUGAAAUGUCUGAUUGUUUUGGAAUUCCUGGUAUUGAACGUGGAUUCCGGCGAUGAGUUGAACCAAGUCCGUAGUUGUUUGACUACUCAUAAACAAAUCAUUGCUAGACAAGUCGUGCAAUAUAAGAUUGGGUUUUCAAAUGAUGGGAAAAUGGAAGUUCAUGAACGUGGUAUUAGGAAGAAGGGAGAAUUAUUAAUACAGUAUUUGGAAGAUUCAAGUUUCUUAAAGAAGGCUCGUGCUGAUUCGAAGAAAAAUGCUUCAAAGAUAAGGCAACAGACGGAAUCUACAAUGUAUGAUGCAACAAAUGCUUCAAAUGCUGCACACGCUUACAAUGCUAAUGAACUGGAUUUCGAUGAAGCAAACGGUGCCACAUUUGGUGAAGAUGAUGACGACGAUUAUGAUGAAUCUGAAAUGACGUAUCGUGGUCCAGAUUCUCAAAUUCCUCCUCCCCAACGUCAAAGAUCAAAAUUGGAAGAACAAAGAAGACAAAGAAGAGAAGUGCUCAGAGAAAGAAUAAGAAACAGUGAGCAACAAAGAAAAGACAAAGAAACUGCACAAAAGAAUACAGCCGUGCCUGAUUUAAUUGAUUUUGAUACACCUGAACCUGCUGACGCUGCUACUGCUACUACUUCCACUACCACGACCACGGCAUUAUCACCUGACGUUGGUGAUGACGAGGACGAGUUUGGUGACUUCCAAAGUGACAGCUCUCCGACACCUGCGGCUGCAAACAAUAAUAAAACAGCAAAUAUGGACGAUCUGUUAGGUCUUGGUACGGCAUCCACUCCUGCACAAACUACAUCAACCAAGGACAAAGACCCAUUUGCUGAUCUGUUUAACAACUCCAAAUCAUUGAUAUAG